GACCAUAAAGUUUGACAUGUCAUUUUUAUGGAUCUUCUAAUAAAUAAACGAAAUAGUUUCAAUUCAAUCCACCCUGCUGUAAUUUUUUUGCAAGAGAAUAAGCAAGAGCAUUAAGUUAAUAACAGCAAAUAUUAAGCUUAAUCUCUAGUGAUUUCACCAAUUAAGGAUGAAACAUCUGGUUUACCUAACACGUUUCCCUCCAUGGAAAUUUAGACGAGCAACCUCAACCUCAACAGUCAACUGCCGCAGCAUAGCCUCAUCAACAAUGGCAUAAUAAAGCCUGCGGAAAGUAGGAGAUAUCAUCAUCAUCAUCAUCAUCAUCAUCAUCAUAAUAUCAAAAACCUAACUCCCAACCUACAGUUCAACCUCACAAUUUAAUCACCGUUUUAAUGAAACCCAACCAACUUCUCCCUAUUGGUAGUGGACCGUUGCGGCAUUCCGACAAACACCUACAGCUCUUUCUUUGCCCCACACCACACUCACACUGCUCCUUCAUCCACCUUUAAUUUCCUCUCUUCUCUGUUCGCCCAAAACAGAGCACUUAAAAAAAUGGAGAAUCAAAUCUUGAGCAUCGUCGCCGGAGGAGUCGCGUGCUGGACGGCGGCAUUCGUCUUGGCAAGGAACAUGUUCCCCAAGUGCUCGUUGGAGUUCUGCAACCGCUUGGUCUCGACAUUGCACGCCAUUUUGGGUGUCACUUUAGCUUCGCUGACCGUUGCAGAUUGGCGCCGCCCGGUUUCCCCUGUGGCUUCGGAUUCUUCCCCGCGCCAGAUGCAGACGCUGGCGGUGAGCCUUUCGUACAUGAUAUACGAUCUGGGUUGCUGUAUGUUCGAGAGGAGGGUCGAUAUGGCGAAUGCGGUCCACCAUUUGGUCAGCAUUGUUGGACUUGGAGCUGGGCUUGCUUAUCAGAAGUGUGGGACAGAGAUGGUGGCUGCUUUGUGGGUGACUGAGAUUUCGAGUCCUCUUCUUCAUUUGAGAGAGCUGCUCAAGGAGCUUGGUUACAGAGACACCCAAUUCAACUUUGCAGCUGAUAUUGCUUUUGCUGCGAUUUUCUCAUUUGCAAGAAUGGGGUGUGGGCCUUAUCUCACUUAUGUGGUUCUGGCUGCCAACAAUCCACUCAUUAUUAAGGCAAUGGGAUUGGGGCUACAACUGGUCAGUGCAUUCUGGUUCUACAAAAUUGUUAGGAUGGUGAGAUACAAGGUUACUAAAUGGACUUCUACUUCUACUUCUGCCACAAAAAAGGCAAUUUGAACUCAAAGUGCAGUAGGCUAGUUCCAUUUCUAUCUAUGUACAAACAACAUAGCCAUUAUCUAUUGUGUGAGUGAAGAAUUGGGUUACAAACAACAAGAUACAAAAGAAGUCCCCUUCUUCAAUGGACAAGGCUCGGACGAACCAUAAACCGAAAAGGCAUGGCUAAACACUUUAACUUGGUUACAAAUUACUAGUUAGUACUAUUUUCUGCUCUUUUCCAAAAUAUGCGUCAUAGUGCACAACCUAAAAGAUCAAAAGGAUGAGUAAUGUGAUCAUGAAUUUGACUGUGGGCUCGCAAUGGAAUGAGGCAAAGUGCAUAAAAGAUUGAAGCUUUUAUAUUUACCCUCAUGGAAGUCUUCUUGGGUGAUAUAGUCACGUUUUGCAUGAACCACGAACAUGCCAGCUUUGUUGCACACAUUUACAAGAUGAGCUCUGAUGAGCUCCGGUGAAUCCCUACAAUCAUUGCAUGUAGUUUUGUUCGUUGAGAUCAAGACAAGACCAAGUCCAAAGGUUAUUAGGUUUUUUUUAGUUAGGGAGUUGAGCAAGUUUCACGACAACUUCAUAGUAGAUAUUCUCGGUGUUCAUAAAUUCUAGAAGCAUAGAUCUUAAGGAUCUCCAUGCUUAAGUGCUCGUUGGCAUUGCUAAUGGGAUCUCCAUGCUUAAGUUAUUGAUUUGAUUUACAUAGAUUAUAACUUGUUCCCCUAAGUUCUUUCUUCUAUUUUGGCGAGAUUGUUCUCCAAAGUUCAGAAAAGGCGAGCUAAAGCCCAGAAUUAAACAUGGACAAAUCUCCAUUUCAAGUUCAGGAAUUUAAAGCAACAUCAAUGUUAUAUACAAGGUGAGUACAUAAGAGAAUCUGCCAUGUGAUACCUUGCAACAUAGUAGACGUGAAAUCAUUAAAAGUACAGUACUAACAACAAACCUAGAUUUUUUAAGCUAAUACUGGAAGCAGUACCGUGGAGAAUCACUGAUGAAGUAUCAUUCUUUAUCAGUUUGUCAAACAAAAGAACGCCAUAUAGCAGGUCGAUCGUGGCUUAUGCGAAGAAUGCUGAAUGGACAGUAAGAAGCUAUAAGAUACAACACAUUAAGAGAAUGCUAAUCAAAUUUAGACACCAAU